AUGGACUACGAGCCAAAAUACACCGUUAUCAUGCGAGGUCAAGAGUUUGUACUCACCAAAUCACAAAUCGAGUUCGACUCGCCUAAUUAUUUCUCAUCAUGCUUUCUUGGCGAUUUUCGCGAAGCCCAAUCUCGUAGCCUCGAGCUAUGCAGGAAUCCAGAUCUCUUCAGGAUCAUCGUGGAGUAUCUUUGCGGAUAUGAGGUUCUUCCUUUGAACGACAAACUCCUUCCUUCCUUCAUGUCGACUAAAAUGGGAUUGGAGAACUUGCGUAUCGAUGCCUUGUUCUAUCAGCUUGACGGAUUGGUCAAAGCUUGCGAAACAUUUGCUAAGCCACGCAUAUCUCAUCGAGUUCCCAAAAUGUCGUUCAUGUUACUUGGGUAUACAGCUUGGAACACUAAUAUUUUGAGUGAUACUGCCCCAAAGGGGAUCUCAGUGAGGGACAUAGCGUAUCUAAGCCCCGAAAAAGAUCAUUGGUACACCAUUGUGACAGAAGAUGUGUUUGUUCAGAUUGAACAGUUACAAUCGCCAAAUUCGUACAAUGACUUCCAGGGCUUCCGCAUAGUUGCUGCGAUGGAAGGUUAUACAAGAAAGAUGGCCGGAAAUUAUCGCCAGAAUGGCUGGAAAUUUGCAGGAUGGCGCAUUGAAAAUGUUGCUGGCCAGGGAAGUCAUCGGGCCACAGAAAUUCUGGUUGUACUAGCGAGUGUAGUGACUCCGAAAGAUUAG